AUUUAGGGGGUGGCAGCAGACGAUUUCAAAAAAAGUUGUUUUCAUUGGCAAACUAAAUCUUUUUAACCUAUUUUUUUGUUACUUAAUGAACAAAACAAAACAUCAUAAAUGAUAAAAAAUUAUAUCAUCAAAGUCAGUAUUCCAGAUGUAGCAAAAAAGAGAAAACCAACCAAACAUUAUGUUUAUAUCAUUAAUUUACUUUGGUCAGAUGGAACACAACAAAUUAUUUGUAGACGUUACUGCCAGUUUUUUGAUCUGCAGACUAACUUAAUUGAUGCUUUCCCACUUGAAUCUGGAGAAGUUAAUCCAAAUCAAAGAAUAUUACCAUUAUUGCCAGGAAAGAUUUUGUUUGGAAGAAGUAGCGUAAAAAAUGUUGCGCUUAAAAGAAAAGAUCUACUAUCUGAAUACCUUCAGAAACUUAUUGCUCUUCCAGAGAAAAUUUCACAAUGUAGCUUUGUAAUGGAGUUCUUUGAGGUAACUCAUGAAGAUAUACAAAAUUUGACAAGCGAAGAUAUGGCUAUUAAAAAUGAACAAACAGCACACAACACAUUUGAUCCAAGUCCUUUAGAACAGUAUAUUGCUAUAGAAAGUUUUGAAAAAACCGAACGAAAUCAGGUUGCGUUGAAAAUGGGUGAUGUGGUGGAUGUGAUAGAAAAGUGUGAUAAUGGUUGGUGGUUUGUUAGCAUUGAAAAUGAGCAAGGAUGGGCGCCAGGCUCAUUUUUAGAACCACUUGGUUGUGACAAAAGAGAUAUAAUAGAAGAAUCAAUUUAUGGAAUGGAAGAAAAGUUUUUUUGCAUAAAAACUUAUAAAGCGGAACAACCUGACGAGUUGUCUUUGACUUUGGGAGAUAUUGUGUUUGUAUUAGUAAAGUAUUCAGAUGGUUGGUGGAAUGUUAGGUUGAAACGUGAUGCAGAUGAAGAUUAUGAUGGCUUAGUGCCUGCAGUUAACCUAAGCAGGAUUCCUCAAGGAGCAGAAGCAGGAGUUAUUCGCCAAUCUAAGACAAAUAUACAAUCGAGAGGUAUUGUAGCUCCACCAAGAAGAAACUCGUAUAAGAUGAAAACAAAUUUUUCGACUGAUAAAAUUCUUUUUGAUGAGAAGGGUAAAUUAAAUAGUUUGCCAAAUGUGAAUCAAAUUGAAAUUUCAGAGUCGCUAUAUGUUGCAUCUACUCAUAUUAAAGAGUUUGGGGAAAAGAAAAUUGACAUAUUUGAAGGUGCGCCUGUUGUGGUACUUGAAAAGUUACCUAGUGGAUGGUGGUACAUUGAUGUAGGUGGUGUAGGAGGAUGGGUGCUUUCUAAAAUGAUUACUCGAGCGAGUGUAAAAAAGUGGGCACUAUCUAGUUAUAUAAGUAAUGUACAUUCCAGUUAUAAUGAUAUUAAAGAUACGUCUAAGGACUUAGAUUUUGUGACCAGUUGCACUCAAAAUUUAUCAAAGCUUCCAAAGAAGUUUCAACCUCCUGAGGGAGAUUUUAAACCACCAAAAAAAUUUCAUUGCAUGUUGCCACCACAUGUGUCACGACCAAACCUCAAUACUAAAUCGUUUCCCAAAACAUCAACUGGUAUUGCUUCUCAAUGUUUUAAUCAACAAAAUAACAAUAAAGGUACACCUUUUUUAAGGGAAAAACCCGCUGUACCAAAAAAACCAUUGACUAAACUAUCAGAAACCGAAUCAAAAACAAGUUUGAAUUCACCGACAUGUACUGAAUCUAAGAUUUCCACCGCUUUUGCUAGCCUAAUUGUUCCGAAUUUUAAAGAAUCAAAAAUGCAGGCUAUUUCAACAAUAAAACCAACUAUGCCAGUAGAAGAAGGUUAUAUUGAUAUAGAAAAGUAUCAACAUAAAUAUGAAGAAGCCAUUCAAAAAAUUAGUCCAAUGAAGCCAGCAAAAAAAGGUUAUAUUGAUUUAGAAAACUAUCAACACAAAUAUGAAGAAAACAUAAUUCCAACAAAAAGACAUAAUGAGCCAGCUAACGAUGCUUAUAUUUAUAUAGAAAAUGCUCAACACAAAUAUGACGAAAUAGUAAAUUUCCCACAAUUAAAAUGAUCCGGACUUGAUGUAGUUAGUAUUUCUACGCGUCCUACUAAUCAAAUAUUUAAAUAAUUUGAUUUCAAUCACCUAAAGAAAUUUACAAAGCGAUUAGAAGUUACGAAGAUACAAAUGAAAGUAUAAUAAACUUAAAGGUGGGCCAGCUAGUACGUAUUUUAAAAAAGGAUAAUGGAGGUUGGCGGUAUGCCGAAGUUGAUAAUGUUUCUGUCUGAGUACCAUCUAACUUUUUAAAAUUAAAUAAUUAAAGAAUGGUUUUUAAAUUUAUUUUUUUAUACAAACUGUAUUAAGUUUCUAGUCACUAUUUUUAAUUAUUUAAUUGUAUGUUUCUAAUUUUACAUUAUUUA